AUGCAAGUUACGCAAAUCACAAGUCUGAUCACGCGCUUUCAGUUUUUCCUUGUCUGCUGUUUAUUCGCCACUGGCUUUGCCAAGCCGGCGGUGUUCCUCGGCUAUCAAGACAGCCUGGGCCAAUACAGUUUCGGCUACAGUGCGCCAGGAUCGGCUAGAUCAGAAGUCAGAACGGCUAAUGGCGCGACCAGAGGCACUUACAGCUACAUCGACGAGACCGGCGUCAUCCAGACCACGCAAUACAUCGCCGACGGCGAGCAUGGAUUCCAGGUGAUCGCCACGAAUUUGCCGCAGGCGCCGCUUCCGGUCCAGGACACGCCGGAAGUGGUAGCCGCGCGCACGGCGCACCUUCAGGCUCUAGAACUGGCAGCGCGGAGAGACGAAGAGGCUCAGAAUCAAGAGAUUCAGGAAAACGCGCAGGAAAGGAAAAUUGAGGGGAACCAAAGUAACGCGCUUCUCAGCAGAUCGCAAGAGCCGGAAGCUAAGUCCGUGGAAAAUCGGCAGCAGAAAGUAGAGCAAAAAGUAACGAAGAGCGCCGAAAAUGUUGAGUUAAAGGAAAAUAGUGACGAGACUCUGCAAGCAGUUGCAUCUAAAAGUGGCGUUGAUAAGGAGAGCGAGAAGUUGCAAGGAGCCCACGAGGAAUCUUCCGGAAAAGCAUCGCAGGAAAUUCUCCAUGACGCGAAUGUUCCAGUGAUUCCGUUAAUUUCCACUCACGAGCGAUUACCUCAAUCAUUGGUGCAACCCGCGAUGGUGCCGAUAUUUCGGAUCUCCCUUGGAAACCAGGAGAUUGAGCCUUCCGCCAUACCGGAGUCAUCGAUCGUGCAAGGUGCUUCCGGCAUAGUCACGCCGGCUGGGACAGCCUUGAAGAGCGGAGCGAUAUUGACUAAGGAAGCUGCGACGCCGGAGAAGAAACAGCAACCUGCGAGCGAACAAGCUCACGCUGUCAAUACACUGUUCGCGCCGCUGAGCACAGUUCCGCUGAGUUCUUCGAGUUUCAUUAGAUACGCAUCGCCGGUGUCUCUUUACUAUGUCACUUACAACACUCUGUGA